ACCCGGGUUAAAACGUCACGCGCUGCUUCUCCCACCUUUCCUCUGUCUCCCUCAUCGCUCCCCACCAUCGCCGAAAGUGGCGGCACUACUAGUGGGCAUUCCAUCGAGUGCCACGCUCCGACCGUGCGACAGAACACGUUCGUCGCUCGCCGAGUCAGUCGAGCUCUGACACUACUCCCGAGUGGUCGGACUCUUGCGAGACGUUGAGCAAGAGAGACGUGUAAGACACACCGGCGUGUGGACUGCCUCUCUCUUUUUCUCUACACAACCUGCGAUUUCACGUUGUCGUGAUUCCUUGGAUUAUCACGAUCACGCGUCGAUCGACAGUGUGAAAUGAGGCUUUGAUACACCAGCACAAUAGACUAUUGGAUUAUCAGUGAAGUGAUACACCGAUCGAUACCGCCAGUGUUUGUACAUUAAACUAUUACUUGGCUUACGAGUCUGUGAUACAGAAAAUAAGAUCAAGAAUGGUGACCGGAGUGGGUACCACGAUGCCGACGGGCGGUGUCACCGUCGGCGCUACGCCACCCGCGCAACACGUGCCUCAGGAAGCUGGUCAGCCGCCAGCGCAGACUACCCCAACCGUGACAACUACGCGACGAUCUAGCGAAAACCGACGGAGCAAUAAACCUAUCAUGGAGAAGAGACGUCGCGCCCGUAUCAACAACUCUUUAAAUGAUCUAAAGACCCUUAUAUUGGACGCCAUGAAAAAAGACCCGUCAAGGCACUCAAAACUCGAAAAGGCUGACAUUUUGGAAAUGGCCGUGAAACAUAUGGAGAAUCUGCAACGGCAGUCCGUCGCUCUGACUGCAUCGGCGGAUCCGUCUAUCGUGAACAAAUUCCGCGCCGGUUUCACCGAGUGCGCCAGCGAGGUUGGCAAGUUUCCUGGUCUGGACGCCUCGGUGCGACGACGUCUGCUAGCUCACCUGGCCUCGUGCAUAGGUCCGGUCGAUGCCAACAGCAAUAACGGCCAAGUGACGACACAACAGCCUGUCCAACCUGCGCCGCCGACGACGCAGUUGCAAGUACACAUUUUGCCGCAAGUCGACGCGACUCCGCGGAUCCAAGUGCAACAGUCGAACGGCAUAUUCUUCACCAAUGCCAACGGCACCGGUCUGCAGUUGCUGCCGACCAGAUUGGCGAACGGUGACAUCGCCUUGGUGCUUCCGGCGGGCGCGAAAGCGACACCGGUUACGUCACCGUCGUCGUCACCAACGCCAACCUCACCGUUACCAACUUUAAUCCCCAUCCCCCAAAGAACGGCCAGCACAGCGUCAUCGUCCUCCUCCUCGUCCUCCGCCAGCUCGACGUCCACUUCGGCGGCGAGCCCGGUGACGUUCGAGGCGUCGCCGGUGUCUUUCCGGGAUCAAUCCACCGGCUAUAGCUCGAGCAACAGUCACAGGGACGUCGCGACGUCCCCGGCGAACGGCUAUACCAGUGAUCCAGAAUUCGAUCCGCGCAUCUGCAGUCCGCCCCUUCAGAAACCCCUCGCUCUGGUGAUGAGAAAGAGCGUGGUGCAGCCAGUGGAGGGAAAACCGUGGAGGCCGUGGUAAAAGGAAGACCCGAUGAAAACUGUUAAUUGUGUCGUGCAUGAAGUGAUACCUAACAAGCUUGUGUCGACGGCGAUCCGCGGCCGAUCGACCGCGGCCGAGAACUCGCUCGCCGUUUCAACGCCGAUUUACGUCGUCACGUAAACGGAACUCCGCGGAACGGAAACAUGUUCCUCAAUAAUGUAGAUCAUUGUAGACGCGGUCCCGUUCGCGAAAGAGAGAUCGUGACGCCGCUAAGUUAGACGAUCGUUAGAGAAGACGUGAAUUAUUCCCCCCUUCCUCUCAUCCCUUCGAGAGUCCGCGUACAGUCGGCCAGUAGCCAAUUGGUGGCAGUGCCUUAUUACUAGUGCCUUGUAAAUAUGUGUUACGAUUCUUUCUCAGCGUGUCGAACACAGAUGGUUCCUUCGUAUCACAAGAUUUUGCGUUGAUCCGUCUUUCUCUUUUUUUUUUUUCUUGACCUAUCGCCGCGUUCACCCGUCCUUUUCAUAUUUCGUUGAUCAUUUGUUGUAUAUAAAUUAUACGAAUAUUAUAUUUUAAGUGCCUUACGCAACAAGAAUCACCGAGGUCUUCCAUUCUGUUUCUUGUACGUAAAACUCUAGCCGAGUUGUAUGUCGUUGUAAGCGCGAAGAAUGUCCGUAAUCGAUAUGUGACUUAGAUUUUAGGAUUAAGAUGACUUGUGCGGAAUGCGAGUCCGUGCAACAGUGCAUACGUGUAUGUAAGGUGCGAAUGUGUAUACAACGCGUUAUUUAUAUUUAUACGAGUGCAAAAAGAUUAAAUUUAUAAGUCGUCUAGAAAAAGCGCAUAAUCUGCGCGAGAGCAUCAAAUAAACGUGUUGAUCUCUUUAUCAAAA